UCCCUCCAACUCUUUCUCUUAUUUACUAUUUUACUUGCAUAUUUAUUUGUUUUGUUGCUAGUAGUUAAAUUUUUAUAAUAUGUUUAAUGCUGUAAAAAGAGUUUGUAACAAGGUUACUAAUCGGGGAAAUAAAAAAAGAGGUAGUACUUCAGGUUCAGCAUCUGGUAGUAAUUUAAAUACCUCUCCAAAUAUUCCUGAAACAUUACCUGAUAAUAAUAUAGAUUAUGAACAAUUGCAGGAAGAUUUUGGUAUAGAUGAUAAUGAAUUAGAAAUGGAAGAUGAGAUACCACUUACACCUAGUAGUGUUGGAGCUGCUAGCAGGGGUGGUGGUCGUGUUGCUAGUAGUAGACCACCUGUGGCCCCGACUAGUAAUCGUAGAAAAAGAAGUAAGGUUUGGAAAUUCUUUGAGGAAAUAGAAGGUACUGAUAGAGUUAAAUGUAAACUUUGUAAUGAUACUUUUAAACAUAAGACUGGGGGUCAAUUAGGGGGGACUGGGACACUUAGUAGACAUAUGAGAAUUGAGCAUCCUAUAGAAUGGGGAUAUGAUGGAGAUGAAAAUCAAUCAACUCUAAACCCUACUACUGGCGGUCUUUCUGUGGCUCUGCUGGGACCUGGGCCUGGACUGGCUCCUAGGUUGUAUCCUGAGGUUGACUGUAGGAAGUCUCUGGUGGGUCCGCCCACCGGAUAA